CUCUUGGCUGGUACCUGUCCCAUCCACAGACCAUGCCCACCUGCCAGAAGAAAGAAUACUGGGAUAGGCUCUUGUAUAAAUGCAAGCCUUGCACGCUGGUGUGUCAGACAUCCAAGUUCAAGAGUUGCACUGAGGUCUGCAAGUCGAUGGAGUGCAGCAAGCGCACGGGUUUCUACUACGACAAGCUUAUCAGAACAUGCAUCAACUGCACCACCAUCUGCGGACAGCAUCCGUGGGAAUGCCGGCCUUUCUGCAGAAGUGGCCCCGCAACCUUACCUGCCCCGGCUGCUCUGGCGUGGAAGCUGGACAGCGCCUACGAUCAGCAGCUGGUGGUCUACCUGGUGCUGGGACUUUGUCUCUGCACUCUGCUCUUUUCCUUGCUGUUGACCUGGAUUUAUGUUAGAAAGCGGGGGGAAGAGGUGACCUGCCGUGCUGGAACCAUUACUUGUCACAAAAAGGGGGAUGACCCAAAAGAAUGCCUAAUGGAAGCAGGAAGUGUGGGAAGUGGAUCCAGCAGCAGCCAGACCCCGGAACCUGUCGAGACCUGCGGCUUCUGCUUUCCUGAACAAAGCCCUGCCGUUCAGGAAUCCUUAGCGGAUCACAGAGCUUACCAUCUUGGAGCCAGGGAGGAGACUGCUGUCACUGCUACUGGAAUGUGCUGCCCAGGGAUUGUGGGAACAACCCCUGCCCCCGAGGAUGGCCACUUCCAGAUAAUAUGCUCUCCCUCGCAAGAGAAGAUGCAGAUGACUUGAGGGGAACAAGAUUGGUAACCUGCCAGAAAUCUUCUCCCCCUUCACCUCAAACCACACUCCCAAGAAAGCUGCUCGAUGGUUUCAGAUUGUGCCUCGCUUGAAGAACCAGAUUACACAAAUCAUCAGAAAGCAGCAAUAACGAGAAGCGAUCUCUGUAUUUCAGGGCGCAAGUAGACAAUGACCAAUGUCUGAAUGCCCCUUCUCUCCUCGAGAAAAAGCUCCAGGGUUCAGAGUCUCAUCCCCUAUUGCACGAACAAUAAGGCCCCCCCACCCGACUCCCAUUUGUAGGCACACCUGCCAGGCAUUUUUCAAACAAAAGACAGAGAAACAAAGAAUUGAGCAGUACUAGAGAUAGCAAAAUAGUAUUUAUCUCCAUUUUCUAUUUUAUCUCCAUUUUCUAUUUCUUCUUGCUUUUUUUGCCCCCACUUAUCAAUUUAUGUUCCAGAAACAACUCCCCCCCCCAUGCCAAGCAACAUUCAGAAGUGGUUUGCUAUCACCUGUUUCUGUGUCACCACCCUGGCACUCCUUGGUGGUCUCCCAUCCAAAAUACUAGCCAGGGCUGACCCCGCUUAGCCUCUGAGAUCUCACGUGAUUCUGCAAGCCACUUAGCUCCUUAUUAAACUCCCGAGCCCAAAACGUCUUAGUUCCCACUACACGUUUUCCUCCCCACCUCACAAGGGGCAUCCAGCGGCACAUGGGGAUAAAAUAUGAAGAGUUCCCUGCACGUGGAAAGCCAACGCGUCAGAGAAAAAGGUUUCAGCUUAGACUUCCCCCUAUUAGUUUUAUCUUGACAUGUGAAUAUCCCUCAACGCUUCAGAAUCCUGAUUUACCCAUUGUUCUAGGAAGAGCCACAAUCCAAGGGGGAAAGACAAACUUUUUCUUCUCCCCUCCCCCGAAAAAAAAAAAAUUGCAAGCCGCUAAGAUAAUGCUGGCCUUUAAGACUAUGUCUGUACACAGGAUUAGAAAAAUAAAAAUAGCUGCUUUCUGCAA